AUAUUAAAAUGAAUUGUAAAUGUGCAAAAUGCAAUAGUUUUGACUGAAGAGUAGUCGAGUGAGCUUCCGAACAAAAUCCAACGCUGUAACUACAUAUACCGUGGAAAAUGGCUACCUUUGCGAUUGGUGAAAUACCCAACUACUUCAAUACGGAGUUUUUCAAGAGAACACUAGAGAAUGGACUACGCACGGGGGACAUCAAAAUACUUGGCAUUUCCAUUGAGAAUCUAACAAUGGGGGGCGAAAAUUAUUGCAGUAAUAUUUAUCGCGCGAUCAUCAAAUACAAAAACACCGACGAUCAGCAAAGCGAGCAAACGGUGAUAAUCAAAAAUAUGCCAAAACUCAAGCAAGGCGUACUUAGCCGCUUGAACAUCUAUCGGAAAGAGACAAUCUUCUAUUUGGAUAUCAAGCCUAAAGUGGAGGCGCUUAUGUGGUAUUUGGGCGAAUCGUGGAACCUGGCCGCAAGGCACUUCCAUUCAACCACCGAACCGGAGCAGAACAUCAUUUUUGAGGAUCUGAGUGUGCUAGGUUUCUCCAUAGAGAGUAGGCAAGCUGGACUUGAUUUGGCGCAUGCGCAAAUUGUUAUGGAAAAAUUGGGAGAAUAUCAUGCACUUACCAUGGUCAUGGCGGAUAGGGAACCCGAAAUAAUCAUCGAUCAUUAUGCUUUCGGACUUCUGAACCUUGACUCCAUAAAAGCGGAUGCUUUCAAGGCACUUUUUGGAGCGCAACUUCUCAAACUCGCCACACUUAUAACUGAAGAUCCCGCCAUGCAAGCGAUUUCGAAAAAAUUGCUGAAAUACUACGAUCAUUUCACAGAGCGUGUUCUCGAAUCUGUAUACCCCUUAAGAGGUGAAGUGAACGCGCUCAAUCAUGGCGAUUUGUGGGUUAAUAAUUUAUUCUUCAAAUACGAUGUCAAUUCAUUGAAAUUCAAAGCACCAAGUGAAGUACGAUUUAUCGAUUUUCAACUUUGUUACUAUGGCAGCAUUGGCUUCGAUAUCAAUUAUUUUCUGAACACCAGCGUUCAAUUGGAUGUGUUGCAGAACUGCCGUGAAUCCUUAAUCGAAACGUACUAUGACAGCCUGCUGAGGACCCUCAAAGCAUUGCCCUACACUGCGCGACUGCCCAAAUUUGCCGAUGUAUUGCGGGAGAUUGCACAGCGUGAGGCUUUUGGCUUCUUCGUUGCGUUCGGCUUUUUUCCGCUAAUGUCAAUGUUUAGUAUGGACUCGCACGAUAACUCAUUGGAAAAAUUUUACGAUGAGGAGUUUGCGCGCCGUAAAAUUGAAUUGAUGUUUCAGAGCAAUCCACGCACAAUGGAUACGUUAAAAUAUGCGCUUAAGCGUUUUGAUGACCUGAAGAUAUUGGAUUAAAAGAUGUUUAUUUAUUAUGUUGA